UGGGAAGAAGUUUGGAAUAAAAUCGAAGUUAUGAGAAAAGAAAAUAUAGCGCCGGUAGAUACAUUAGGGGCAGAGUCAUUCAAUAUCGAAGAGAUUGAACCAAAAGAAAGAAGAUUUCAUAUAUUGGUUGGAUGUUUAUUGUCAUCACAAACUAAAGAUCAAGUUACACAUGCAGCAAUGGUCAGAUUAAAAGAAUAUGGAUUAAAUGUCGAAACGGUUUUAAAAACACCAAACGAAAAAUUAGAGACUCUUAUUCACCCAGUUGGAUUUUAUAGAAGGAAAGCGGUUUAUCUAAAGAGUAUUGCAGAAAUUUUAAAAGAAAAGUAUAAUGGAGAUAUACCACCAACAUUCAAAGAGAUCGAAGCAUUACCAGGUAUAGGCCCGAAAAUGACAAAUUUAAUCGUUCAAAUUGCAUGGGGUAGAGUAGAAGGAAUCGCUGUCGAUGUACAUAUGCACAGAAUCUGUAAUCGAUUGGGAUGGGUUAAAACCAAUACACCAGAGGAAACAAUGAGACAAUUGGAGUCUUGGUUACCAAGAGAAAAGUGGGGUCAAGUUAACCAUUUGUUGGUUGGUUUCGGCCAAACUAUUUGCGAUCCAGUCAGACCCAAGUGUUCAUCAUGCACAGUUAAUAACCUUUGCCCAGUUGGCAUCAAAGAAAUGAAAUCUUUAAAUAAACAAGAAGAAAAAAAAAAAAAAAAAAAUAAAUAA